AUGAACGAAAGACGGCGUACUCGAGGUCGUGAGACACACAUCGAGAUUGGUCGCGAACUGAUCGAUUCUGCCGAAGGUACAUCGGUAAUGCUGAACGUCGGAAGGGCGAUUCUCGCUCGAACACUCUUCAUUGUGCAUUCAAUAGCAACUAUCUCACAAACUGUUCAUAUGGAAGGACGCAAUUCAGUAUGGGCUUUCGCACUGAUUGCGAUUGCGAUUUUGUUCGAAGGUGCACACACAAUAGUGAUGAGAGCUGGCGAUGAACACAACGCAUUAAACGCUUUAAUGUUCGUUUUGCAAGAGGAACAAUUGCGUGAAAUGCUAUACAGGUUUUGUCCAUCCGUACUGCUAUACAUAACUGCAACCGCACCACCAAUUUGGCUACUCGAAAGAAAGCUAUGUGAAUGGCGAAUGGCUGCAGAUAAGGGAGUGAUGGCUGAAGAAGAAUUUCAAUUGCAGCUUCUGGAGCAACUUCUUCUUGUUGUACUUAUAAUCGGUCGUUGGCUGCUACCGAAAGGUGACAUUUCUCGCGAGCAACUCUCACAGAUACUACUUGCAUAUUUGGCCAUCUCGAGUGAUAUCGUUGAAUUUUUCAAUGUUUUCAAAGAAAAAGUCGUUUGGAGUAGUUCAUUUGUACAGCAUGUCAUACUUGGAGCAUGGACAUUAAGUUUGCUGCAAUUUCCAUUCGUGUUGACCGUCAGUCGUGCCCGCAAAAUGCGAGUCGCAGUCACAAAGAACUUCGAUGAACUUCUCGUUGAAUCAAGAAGACCCGAUCCAUGCAAUGUGCUUUAUGAUGUGGACAUUUGGGCUAUAAUCUUGGCAAAUUCGCUCCAAGAUGUGCCAUUCUUAUCGGUUCGUCUUUAUUUGAUGUUUGACCGAGGCUUGAUUACUUACACGAUGAUCUUCUUCACAUGCAAAAAUGCACUAAUCAUCGCUCUGCAAACCUAUCGGUUGGUUUUUUUUUUUUUCACAACAGCAACGAACUCAUUAUGA